GAAGAAGAAGUCCAAUUCAAACGGAACCGGCGGUUUGACGGUCGGAAAGUCUCAAAUACUGCCAUUAAAGUUUAAUUUCGCUGCACAAAAUAACUUUAUAAAUCUGUACAGACAGCUGGUUAACUCGGUGUGAGCGUCAACUUUCUCUGAGCUAUGAGAGGAACCGCCAAACACAAGGUGGUGUCAUCAGGCAGGCUGACAGGAGGGGUCAAAGGUCAGCCAGGCAGGAGCCGAGUGAGUCAGAAGCCUGCAGCCUGGAAGGAGCCGAGCUAUUCUCUCUACUCCACUGACUCUGAAGACCAGGUCACUACUAUCCAUAAUGGGCUGGAUCGCUGUGCUGCCUUGCUCAAUGGCAUCCUCCAGGCUGAGAGGGCAGAAGCCAAGCCAGGCCUUACAGGAAGGGUGGAGGGUGGAGCAGCCAAACCAAAAGUCUCAGUGGGGAGGAAGAUCACCAAAAAAACAGUUACAAAGAAAGCUCCAGCCCAGAAGAGCAGUUUGUCUUCCCAGGCCCACCCAGGUCUGACAGCCAGCCAGCAGUCCAGGCCACCUUUUCCAGCCGCCGUCCAGCGCAGAGCAGCCAGUCCAGCCGUCAGGAGGCCGGUCCCGUCCCCUGUGGCCACUGCAGAUCCUGGACGUCCAGCCAAGCAGCAUCCAAGAGCAAAACCUGAGCUCAUCCCACCUGACCUGGGGACAGGCGCUCACUUCAACACUCGACUGACUACCUCCACACCAACGCUGAGCCUCGAGCGACCUGUUUCACCCAGAACUGAACAUCCGGCAAACACCAACCCUCCAGGCCAGCAGCAGCUCUCAGCUCAGCCAGACGCACCAGAACAACACCGGCCUGAGAGUGAAGCCUCAGGAGCUUCAAAUCCUCAAGGAACCCCGACACUUGAACGCUGUGGCCACCGAGAGGCUACAAGUGCAGGAGCGGACGAGGAGGAGGAGCGCGUGCCUGUAAAAGACACCAAUCACCUGAACAUAUCUGACAAACAUCCACACACACAUGAAGGAGAUACAGACUCAAACACACAUUCCAGCCUGCAGUUGGAGCCUGGACAGCAGGACACACUCCGUCUGCACAGAGACGCUCCGGGUGCUGGUCGGGACGGGCGUGCUGCAGAGACGGAGGGGAAGGUGAAGGAAGUUCAGCACCUGCUAGGAGAACUGAAGGCUCGGAUUACAGGACAAGACGCAGCUCAGCUGCUCAGCGAUCUGGAGCAGACGGUUUCCCUGCUGCCGCUGGCGGCUGACCGUUCCAACAUCCAAGCUGAGGUAGCACUGAUGCUACAGCCGCUGUACAGCCAGAACACACAGCUGCGCAGGCGUUUGAGGAUCCUGAACCAGCAGUUACAGCAGAGAGAGAAGACAGAGAGAGAGAGCACGGACAGGCAAUGUGACUCAGAAGUGUGGACUAUGCAGGCAGAGCUCAGUGCUGCUCAGUCUCAGCUCCAGCAGCUCCAGGACGACGUCACAGAGCUGCGACAAGCCCUGCAGGACACACACCGGCAGCUGAGAGAGACAGAGGCAGAGAACACACUCAUCAAGACAGACUUGGAGACUGCUAGCAGGAGGCUGUUGGAGAGUGAGAGAGAGAGGAGUGAGGUGGCCUUGCUCGCCCAGCAGAGACUGGAAGAGAUACAAAACCUCAACAGGAUUCUGCAGACUCGUGUUUCAUCAGCCGUCACUGAAAGUUCGGCAACAUGCCCGCCACUGACGAAGCAGCUUCUUGACCAAUAUCAGCACAGACAGGAUCCCUCAGACCCCGCCCCCGACACGAUCAGCCAAUACCUGAUCUCGCUGGGUCAGGGUGGGUGUGUCCUUGCCGGUCGCUCAGAUGUGGAGCCCACAGUGAGUGUCGGUGAGACUGCUGGAGGGAGUGUGUGCACACUGGAGCAGGAGGGGAGUGUGUGUGCACCAGCAGAGAGAGAGGGAAAACAAUCAGAGCAACAGAAAUUGACUUUUAUCCCACAGAGAGAAACAAUGAUGUCACUGCAUCCUGAUAUGAGCUCUCAGCAAACAGACGGGCUUCCAGUCGCCUCAGAGGCCCCUAGCCAAAGUUUAGACGCCGUCUUUAAGCUCCUCCAAAAAUCAAAAUCUCUGGUCGGCCCUCACCUGGAAACACACGGCCAGUCGUCUGAAAGGCAGCUGGAAAAGGGCCAGCGGUUGUUAUUUGACUCCUCGCUCUCCCAGUGGGAAGUGGGAUCUGUGUUGUCUGACUGCAGCGCGGCGUCAGGCUCCACCUUCAACACCAGGGACGAGGUGGCGUUCAGGGACGGCCUGGCGGCGCUGGACGCCAGCAUCGCAAGUCUGCAGAGGACCAUAAAAAUGGACCUGGGGAGAUGACACAGACACGUAUUCAGCCUCAAAAUUUUUUAGUAAUCACGACACAAAUUAUAUCCUUUUUUCAUUUUUUUUUUAUGUUAAGUGUGCUUCAUUUAGGUUACUAGUGUCUGCUGCACUAGAGCACACACACUCACACUGUUUAAGGGCCUUGCUGAUUUUGUAUAAUUUAUCAUUUUUGUUUUAUCAAAGCUCUAUAAAUCUUGUUUUUGGUUUUUAAAUGUUAUAUCAUAUCUUUAUCUAUAUAAAUCUAUAUCUAUAUAUAUACUGUAUAAUGCUUAUCCUCUGAUGUCUGGUGUAGAUUGCAUUUUGUCUUUAUUUUUUUAAGGAUUUUAAUAAAUGAUAUUUAAGCCUUCCACA